UGUCGUGCGGGUUAGCUUGACGGCGGUGUCUGACAGCGGUUAGCUGCCGUGUUGGGAGCUCCUGUCUCCGCUCAGUCGCGUCUAAACGGACUUCGCUAACUUCGAGUCGGCCUCGUAACCAAACCUCCGGCUCCGUCACGGCCCCGGUCGCUCCGCUCUGCCGCGGCUUCACCUGGAAAUGGACGCUGUUCAGAAAAUGGUGUCGGGCUUCUCUCUGGACCUGGGACCCCUGAAGGAACCUCUGGGAUUUAUCCGCGUCCUGGAAUGGGUCUUCACCAUCUUUGCCUUCGCCACCACAGGAGGUUACUCUGGAGUGACCCACCUCACCGUGACGUGUCCAGCUGCAGAGUCCAAGCCGGAGGAUGUUCCGGCGGUGUUUGGUUACCCGUUCAGGUUGGCUGCCGUCCCGUACAAGAUCCCAACGUGUAACGGCACUGCGCCCAGCGCCACCUUCCUCCAGGGUGACUUCUCCUCCUCGGCAGAGUUCUACGUGUGCGUCGGCGUCUUCGGGUUCCUCUACUGCACCGCCACGCUCGUCCUGUACCUCGGCUACCAGAGCGUCUACCGCCAGAGCAGCCGGGGGCCCAUCAUAGACCUGGUGGUGACGGCCGCCUUCGCCUUCCUGUGGCUGGUGUCCUCCUCGGCCUGGGGCAAAGGCCUGACCGACGUCAAGUGGGCCACCAACCCCGAGCACCUGGUGGAUCACCCGGCUUGCAAAGACAUCUGCAAGCCGGGGGACUUCCCCUCCAUGGGCCGCCUCAACGCCUCCGUGAUCUUUGGCUUCCUGAAUCUGAUCCUGUGGGCAGGAAACUGCUGGUUCAUCUACAAGGAGACUCCGUUCCACAAGGACCCCCAGCCGCCGGCCAACAUGGAGGAGGGAGGGGCCCCGGGGCCGUAACGGGCGGCCCGGCACGGCCCGGCACCCGCAGCAGAGACGCCGGGGGCCCGACGCCGGCUCUCACGUCAGCUUACAGGAAAGGAAACAAAAGGAAAACAGUUUGUCCCCCAGCCCCGAGCAGAGCUCCGUUCUCACCGAUGGCUCUCCGCCUCCCCACGACUGACCCCCCCGUUUUUGUUCUUUAUUUUCCCAGAAGCCUCUGAUUCUGAUUCUGUCAGUUCACCAAGUGCCUCAGAGGCAGGUCAGGUUGCACCACGAGCUGAACCGCCGUACGCCGCAGGAGGUGAGCACGUGCUGUGAGCGUGACCGAGGAGGCCGGGCAGCGUCUUCAGCAGGAGCUCUUCUCUCAGCAUCGUUCACGCUUUUCAUCCAUUCAAGUAAAAGUAGAAGCAAACGCUCCGCCGAGCCACAGAGGGGAAGAGCUCCUGCUCAAGAACUUCAUAUGACAGCAGUGACACUAAACACACACACACACACACACACACACACACACACACACACACACACACACACACACACACACACACACCCCUCACUGCGUGCCUCAUAACCACAUGGGUGUUGCAGGGUGAACAUGCGUAGCUUCUUCUGCUGUUUCUCACAAAGUAACAGAAACGAUGAAAAGUCGCACCGCCGGCGACUUUUCUACAACUUAUCAGAGCCAUUGUAGGAAAAAAAAAAAGGAGUCCCUGGAGGGAGGGGGUGAUAAUCUGCAGGGACAAAAUUAACGAGAAAAAGUACGAGAAAAAAUCCACGAAUGAGGAAAAAAAUGGAAAAUUCUGAGAUUAUAAAUUCACAAAUGUGCUAGAAAAAAAAACGUGGCUUCACUUUGCAAGGCUGGAUCAACCGCAUGGUUUUUUUUCCUCUUAAUUUUUUUUUACUUUAAUCUCAGAAUUUUCAAGUUUUUUCUCAUAAUUUUGUGAGUAUUAAAAGUUUUUUUUCUCGUGAAUUUAUGACUUUCUGAGAUUUUUUCUUGUAAAUUAGUGACUGUAUAAUCUCGGAAUUUUCAUUUUUUUUCCCUUAAAUUUGUGAGUUUUUUCCCCAUAAAUUUUCAACUUUAAUCGCAGAAUUUGAGGUUGUUUUUUUUUUUUUUUCUCAAAUUUGUGACUUUAUAAUCUCAGAAUUUUCAAGUUUUUUUCUCCAUAAAUUUGUUAAUUUUGUCCUCGUAAAUUUCUGGUUUUAGUCUCAAGCAUGCUGAGUGUUUUUUCCUCAGAGCAGAACCCCCUGUCCCCCGGCUCUGUGAUUUAGUUUUUUCCUCUUCAGUGGCCCCGAUGUGCCGUCGUAUCUUCUCCGAGGCUUCUCUCUGUCAGAAAACUCGUUUCUGAGUGUGUGACUGAAGUUUGUGGCCGUGCGUCGCAGCGUCGGCCGUCGUCUCUCCAUGUUUACUGCAGAAUCUGUUCGUCGCCUCCCAGCAGCUCCUGUUCCACAGAAAUGUGACAUCCACGCGACUCGACACUAAGUUCCAUCCACUUUUUACUGCCUUUUGAAAAAAAACUACUAAUGACACCAUUAUUUAUAGGUUGUUUUUUUUUUCCUUUGGUUACGACACUAAUUGGUCCCUUGCAUAUUUUAAAAGCCGAUGUUGGGCUUCUGUUUGGAAAAAUCCUCUCCUCGUGCAGCUUUGCUUUUGUUGGAGUGAUCUCUGUUUUAUUUUGUUAACGUGGUUUUCAUAUGUUGCUGUUGAAUUUGUCGUUAGCACUGGGUAGCUUUAGGCUUUAUCUUAACGAGAGUAGAAAAAACAUGCGUGGGUGUGCCAGAGCAAAUGAAUCCUGCUGUACUUCUAUAGAACACUUUACAUUUUUCCACACAUCUGUCCUACAUGUAAUUCAACCACCAUCGCCUUACGUUUGAAGGUUUUGUGUUUUUGAGAUCAUACCAAGUCAGUUUCUCUUUGUUAAAUAUGAAUCGAACUGUUUAUUAUUAUUAUUAUUAUUUGCAAACUUGGUAAUUGUUGUUUGCACGGCACUAAAAUAGAUCCAGUUGAUGUGUAAGAGAUUGUUCCCUUGUGCCUUUAUGCAGCUCCUGUAUUUGAUAGCCAUGGUCACUUUUAGGGAUUUCUAAAGGGCUGUUUGAGUCGGGAUCACUUAAGCUAAUACAUUUUACACCCAGUGUCCACUUCAUCAGCUCCACCUGUAUAAUCUAAUCUAAUCCAGUCCAGCUGUUGUGCCAUAAAGUUUCCUCUCCUGCUGCCUGUAAUGCUCAGCUUGUCUUGUUGUCACGGUAACAGAGGUGUUCAUUCACUUCUGUGUUUGGCACCGAGCUCAUGGUUAGUGAUUUUGUUUCCACUAUUCUGUCCCCUCUCAUGUAUUUAAAUAGGGGAGGACAAAAAAUUAGAAACACCUCUCAGUAUAAUGUAGUCCAGUAGCAGACCUCUGCAAACUACAACCUCAGUAAUAAACACAGAAUUAAAGUGAGACAUUCUGCACAAUGUCAACACAAACUGAACAUUAUCAACUUUGUUAAAAGGUAGAGUUUAUGGCAGAGCUGCUGAGCUGAGCUGCAUCAGACCGGACAGACUGGAGCUGACGAGGAGACGCUGAGUGGAUAUAUAUAUUUAUAUCUAUUUUCCAGGUUGUAUUGAAACUAGAGGUGUCAAAAGUAAUAUUAAUUUUAAAAGAGAAAUCUUAAUUUAGAGCGCAGGGACAUGUAGGAUGUCUGAUGUCUGUGUGAUGAAUUACUAACAUUGGACUCGUCCUUAUUUUGUAUUUUAUGCUUUGUGCAGAAAGAAAACAACACUGUGGUCUGUCUGUAAAUCUUCUGUUUGGAAACCUUGACCUGUUUAAAAAAAAAAAAAAAAAAAAAAAAAAA